AUGUCAGGAGGUCGGCAGACAUAUUGGUGCUUCCAGUGUAGACAGCGGGUUAGGCCGCGUGGACGGGAGAUGGAGUGCCCUUACUGUGAUGCUGGCUUUGUGGCUGAAAUGGAUGAUGUCGAUGCUCUCAUGAGCCAAUUUGUUGGGAUGUAUAGUGAUUUUCAUCGUGACCCAAGGUUCGGGAUCAUGGAGGCAAUGUCUACCGUGAUGCGACAUGGAAUGGGGAGCAUGAAUCGAGAGGCUGAUGUAAGAGGAAGGCCAAGCAUAUUAUCUGAACUGGAGAUGGAAUUUGGUUCGGGGCCAUGGUUGCUCUUCCGUGGCCAGCUCCCCGGUCAUCUCUCAGAGGCCAAUAAUGGUUUCGACGUUUUCGUCAAUGGACGCCGUGGUGUUGGCAUGCGGAGGGCAGAUGUUGCAGAUUACUUUGUUGGGCCUGGAUUAGAAGAUCUGAUUGAGCAGUUGACUCAUAAUGAUCGUCGAGGGCCACCACCUGCCUCUCAGUCAUCUAUUGAUGCCAUGCCUAGUGUUAGGAUCACUGCCAGGCAUCUCACUGGAGACUCGCAUUGCCCUGUCUGCAAGGACAAGUUUGAACUGGGAUCAGAAGCAAGAGAGAUGCCAUGCAAGCAUUUAUACCACUCUGAUUGCAUACUUCCUUGGCUAGAACAACACAAUUCCUGCCCUGUGUGCCGAUAUGAGCUGCCAACACAGAGCUCUAGUGGUGCUAGCUGCUCACGCUCAAGAUCAACCAACCAAAAUGACAGUUCAAGCAGCUCAAGUAGCAGUGGAAGAACCAGUGGGCGUCAGAGGAGAAGGAAUCCGUUCUCGUUCCUAUGGCCUUUCCGCUCAUCAAGUUCUAGCACUGGUUCUCGUUAG